AUUGAAUGUUAGUGGCAAACUUCACUGAUAUGGAAGUCUCGGUCGGUAAUGAAGGUCUUGUAUAAAUAGUAACUUGAUGUUUUAAUUUGACGAUGAUUAGAGAGGCGCGUACGAACCCUGACAGGUGUUUUAAGUGUAACGCCCACGUGUUUUUAUAAGUGCCAUGGUGAUCAUUUAAGCCGGGUAUAUAAGCCAAAAUGAGUCGGGCUGAGGCAAAAUUCAUGGCCCCUCCUUUUUCGGCUUCAGCCCCCCUACAAAAUCUAGCGAUAACCUCGAUGUCAUAAUAUCUGUCUAGAUUGAAGACGGAAUAAACUUCUGGAUCCCUAAAGUAUCGCAAGUUAGAAAAAGGAAAAAUGCUUUACUCGGCUCUACUAGUUGGCGCGGCCCUCGCCUCCAAGGCCGCAGCGGCAUGCACUCGUGAACAACUCGAGGCAGCGACCGCGGCAUACGUCGCGGCGCAAGCAGCCGGAAACCCGAGCAUUUCCUCGCUAGCUUUAGCUGAGAACGUCACCUACAUCGAAAACGACGAGCCGACGGACAUCGCGAAGGGUGUAAUUAGCACGCCCAUCACCGUCGACUUUAACCGCAGUCUACACGACACGACGCAGUGCGCGACGUUCACCGAGAUCUCGGCCGCGACUAAGGAGAAGUACGUUAUCUCCACGAGACUCCUAUUCACCGACGACAAGAUCACGACUAUCCAAUCGGUUGUCGCCAACGAUGGUGAUUGGGCUUUCAAUGCGACGGGCCAGCUAUACUGGACGAAGCAGGAGAAAUGGGACCCGAUUCCAGAGGACAAGCAAGACAAGCGCGAAGUCAUCCAAGCGGCCGGUGACGCUUACCUCGACAGCUGGGGUGAUGGUACCGUCAAGGCACCGUACGGAACACCUUGUGCUCGUCUCGAAGGUGGUUCAUACACCGGAAGUGGUCGUCCGACUGCCAACACGUGCUUCAUGCCCGAAUUCCCUAAGCCAUUCAAGGUUGAGAACCGACGCUAUGUUAUUGACGAGGUUCUUGGUGGUGUUGGCAUCUUCAACGAUUUCCCCUUCAUUGACGCCAAGAAGCCUAACGGCACAUCUAGCACCAACUUCAUCCGUGUUGAGGGCGGACAGAUCCGAUACAUUCACGAAGUGACUGUGUGCUCGACUCGCAACUGUGGAAGAUAGAUGACUAUCUUGUCAAGGGAGAGGUAAAAUGUGUAUAGGAGAUCGUUCAGGAGAUAUAGUUGUUUACCUCCUGUUGUUGAUAGUUUAAAUUCAACAUAUUAUUCCACACUGAUGCUAUGUCGUGAUGCAAUUGUACCUCUCAAUCAACAAGUUAUGAUGGUUGGCCCUUUAGAACUGGAUCGAGUCAGUAGCCCCUUGCAAUAGACAUGCACUCUACUCCUUGUAGGAGCAUGUGAAUUACUCCUAUUCGGUGGGAGCUGUUAUUCAAAAUCGGGAGAUCUUCAGAUCAUCAUAAGUCCAAGUGGAACUAGAUGUUAAUUGGCACUAUAUCAACAGUAGGAGGAUGUAGGAGAU